AUGACUGGGUGCAAACCUGUUGACACCCCAAAGCUUAGCAAUAUAGGUAAUAGUGUCCCUGUCAACAAAGAAAGGUAUCAGCGGUUAGUUGGAAUAUUGAUCUACUUAUCUCACAUGAGACCCGAUAUAUCCUACACAGUUAGUAUAGCCAGUCAGUUUAUGCAGGCUUCUUAUGAGGAACACAUGACAAUAGUUGAACACAUCCUACGAUAUUUGAAGGGAACACCUGGUAAGGGUUUGAUGUUCAUGAAGUCUGAUAAACGCUGCGUUGAAGCUUACACCGAUUCUAACUGGGCAGGGUCUGUUGUUGAUAGAAAGUCAACAUCUGGGUAUUGCACAUUUGUUUGGGGUAAUCUAGUGAUUUGGAGAAGUAAGAAACAAGAGUUGUGGCCAGAAGUAGCGUAG